CCUCAAUUUGCCAUUUCCUUCAAUUUCAAGUCAAGAGUGGUGCCGGCUUUGCUGUACCAUUUAACGAUUUGCCGGUUCUUGUACCUAAAUAUUCUAAUAGCAGACUGUGCAAUCAUUGAAUAUAGUUAAAAAUGUCUGUCCACACCGUGUUAUUAGAUUUCUCGAUCGACCCCGCCCGUCUAGCAGACGAAAAUGGCCAAAAAACAAUUUUUGGCCAGUUGGAAACCGUGCUGAAGGAGUAUGUUCCAAAUCUCGUUUUAGUUACUGAGGUAAAACUAGAAGACGGUAGCCUGAAACUCAUGACCGGCAAGAAAGGCUCUACGGUAUCGGUGAGACUGUUCGAUCGUGGCCUCGUCACUGUAAACAUUGAAUAUUACAAAGAGGAGAACGUAGAAGCUUUAAUGACACUCAAGUCGGCGAGGGUUAUGGAAAAUCAACUGAAAAAAUACAUCACUCUUAAUAAAUCUCAAGCUUAUGCACCAUUAAAGCGGUGCCUCUUCGGCAGGUAUUACCCGACUUCAGAUGAACGUCUUCUUGAAUAUGAUAUCGAUGCCGUUGUAUUCGAUGAACAGUCUCCGUUCCAAAGAGUCCAGAUCGUCCAUUCUAAAACCCUUGGCAACAUGUUGGUGCUAGAUGACUUACAAAACAUUUCUGAGGCUGAUCUUAUAUACACUGAAACUCUCAUGCAGAGAGGCAAGGAGAAUUACGAAGGCAAAGAAAUUGUGAUUUUAGGUGGCGGCGACGGUGCUUUAUUAUAUGAACUGCUGAAGGAGAAACCUAAAUACGUUUGGAUGUUAGAGAUUGACGAAGUCGUGAUGACCGCCUGUAACAAAUAUCUGCGGUCCAUUUGCGGGGACGUGCUCGAGAGAAAAAAGGGCCCCAAUUAUGAAGUGAUCGUUGAAGACUGCAUGCUGACAGUCAACAAAUUCAUUACUGAGGGGAAGAAGGUUGACUAUGUGUUUGGCGAUCUGACCGACAUUCCGAUCUCGGAGUCCGCCUGCGGUGAACUGUGGGAGUUCAUGAUCACUAUACUGAACGCCUCCUUCAAGAUCCUGAAGCCCAACGGGAAGUUUAUGACACACGGCAAUGGUGCAACCUCUCCCGAAUCUCUUGAACUUUACGAGCAGGAGCUGGCCAAGCUGAAACCUCCUGUCAAGUACACGAAGAGUAGAGCCUUCGUGCCAUCGUUCUUGGAAGACUGGUUCUUCUAUCACAUAUCUUUCAAAACCACCGACAACGGAGACGCUUAACACCAUACCAAAGAUUUAGGCCGAGAUUUAUUGUGAUUACAUUCUAAUUCACUGUAAAGUCCGUAUACAUAUUCAUGUGUAUUAUUUCUAUUCCGAAUAAAUAAUAUCGAUUUCGACUUCUUACUGAUAACUAUACACUAAUAUGUAUAGCACCAAACCUUUGAAGUUACCAAUGCUGGUUGGACCGCGUCAGUCGCAUCUGCGCUGCACAGACCUCUAAUUAUCGUCUCCAUCUCAAACUCAUCUUCGAUAUCUAGGAUAGAGGAAUAACCAUCAUUAAGAUAAAAUGCAUCAGACAGCGUUAACCAACGUCUUCUUUUGAUUUUAUCUGGUCUGCGUAAGUAGAGAAAAAAAAACUUUAUUUUCCUCAGCUAGAAUACUUAGGCUGAAUAUCCAUUAAUCUAUGCCCAACAACAGGAUCUUUAAAUCUCGGCCUAUAUUCACCUUUCUACUAAGUCACAUAAUUGCCAUUAGAUUCACAUAGUUUGACACAAUCCGUCGUUCGACACAGAUUUUAUUCAUAAUACGUACACAUUCUUCUAAUAAAGCCUUCUUCAGUAUUUACUAUAAAACUUGAUAUUUUUCCACCUUUUUCUACACUUUCUAAGUCCUUGUAUUUACUUAUAGCUGUCUAGUCUAUCUUAUUACUUUCUAGUUAUGAUUUUCUGUAAGAAAAAUACGUAAAAAAGUUACUUGAUUAGUUAAGGGAAAAUGUUGUUUUGUUUGAUAAUAUAGCUACCAACAGUAGCAUAAGAGCUUAUUAAAAACUUUAAUGUUCAUUCUCAAUUAUAUCACUCUUGUCUACAUAAAAACUCGCAAGAUUUUGAUCGAAGAUUCAUGUUCGGUAUAUUUUAAAUUUUAUUAGUAUAUAAUUUGACAUCACAUAAAUGUUCCUUCUACUUAUUUACAAUUAAUUAAGAUAUCACUCGUUACUUCAAGCUUGCUAUAUUCUUUUUACAUUCUGCUGUAUACACAUAUGUUUUAAAUGUGUAAUCGCCAUAGUUUCCUCCAAAGAUGUGUUCAAUAUUGAAUGUGUACGAAAAGAAGCCUCCAAAGAUGAUUUCAGUUCAAAUAAAAGGUGUUACAUGAGCAUACAACAGUAUUGUGGCUAGUCCGUUAGGAUAACGCCGGUCUUUAUAUAACUAGCUGUAAGGGGUACAUUUAAGUGAUUUUAUUGCUAAGUUCUCUUGUUCAAGGCGAUGUGAUCGCCAUCAAGGCAUAACUAAAAAGUAUUAUUUCGCUGUUUUGUGUAUUAAACUAACAUUUUGUUUAAUAAGUUUCUCUUUUACAUAGUAAUUUUGUGAGAGUUUUAAUUUUAUUUUAAGAUUGUUGUACGAUUUAUUUCUCGUGAAUAUUUCGGUAAUACCCGAAUAGUUCCCGGUAUUGUUCCUUUAAUUGUUUUAUGAAUAAUAAAAGUUUUAAAAGUA